AUGGCCUGGUCAUUGUUUGAUGGGAUCAUCACCUUGGGGAGAGGAACUACGGACUCCUCUGCCGUACCUGGCAAUACGUCGUCUAUCCACUCUGUCGAAGCGUCGGCCGGUGAAGUGCUCUGCGCCGGAGCAUUGGCAGCUGCGUGCUGGGCGGCGUGGAGGUACUUCCAGUACAGUAGAUGCCUGCGCACCUACGGCCGGGACGUGACGGCCUUGGCCGGCAAGGCCGAUCCGGUGAUCGGGCGUGAUGACGAGAUUGAUCGUCUCAUACGCAUCCUCUGUCGCCGGACCAAGAACUGCGCCGCUCUUGUGGGCGCCGCCGGGGUCGGCAAGACGGCCAUCGUCGAGGGCCUCGCCCAACGCAUCGUCGCCGGGAAGGUCCCGUCCAAGCUCGCCGGAGCGCGUGUCAUUGAGCUCAACCUCGCGGCGAUCGUGGCUGGCACAACGUACGUUGGCAUGUUCGAGGAGCGUAUGACGGACUUUGUCAAGAAGGUGGAGGCUGCACGCGGCAAGGUGAUCUUGUUCGUCGACGAGAUGCACAUGCUUCUCGGCGCCGGAGCGGCCACGGGCACCCAGAUGGACGCGGCCAACAUGCUGAAGCCGGCAUUGGCUCGUGGCCAUAUCCGAUGUGUGGGCGCCACUACUGACGAUGAGUAUUGCAUGUACAUCGAGAAGGAUCCUGCACUCGAGCGGCGGUUUCAAAAGGUGCACGUUAAGGAGCCCAGCACCCAUUCCACCAUUGCCAUCCUCCAGGGGCUUAAACCCCGGUACCAGAAGCAUUAUGGCCUCGAAAUUCGUGAUGCUACCAUUGAUGCUGCCGUACACCUCGCUGACCGCUAUAUUGCAGGUCGUCGGUUUCCUGAUAAGGCAAUUGAUCUCAUUGACGAGGCUUGCACGACAAUAGAGCUAGGAAGAGGAAAUCCAGUUGUUGCGCCGGAUCAUAUUGCACAGGUUGUGAGCGGAUGGACUGGAAUUCCUAUAACCACGCUUAAUCAAGAGGAGAGUGUCAAGUUAAUCCACUUAGCCGAUAGAUUGCAUGAGAGGGUUGUUGGGCAGAAUGAAGCCGUCAAUUUAGUUGCAGAAGCAGUGUUGCGUUCAAGGGUUGGUCUUCACCAAGCUGGCCAACCGAUAGGCUCCUUCCUUUUUUUGGGCACAACGGGUGUUGGAAAAACAGAGCUUGCAAAAGCUCUCGCCGAACAACUAUUUGGUAGUGAGAAAAUGAUGCUUCGCUUUGAUAUGUCUGAGUAUGUUAGUCCCGAGUCCGUGCUACGUCUCGUUGGAGCACCCCCAAGCAAUCAUGGUUAUGAAGAUGGUGGACAACUGACCGAGAAAGUUAGGAGGCGCCCAUACAGUGUUAUCCUUUUUGAUGAGGUGGAGAAGGCAUAUCCGUCAGUGUUGAAUGUUUUUCUUCAGCUCCUUGACGAUGGUGUGCUGACUGAUGGUAAAGGACACAAUGUAGAUUUCAAGAAUACAAUUAUCAUUAUAACCUCAAAUGUUGGGGCAGAGCACCUAAAUGUAGGAGUGGCUGGAGAAAAGACAAUGACUGCUUCGCGAAACCUUCUCAUGAAACAGGUUCAAAAAUGCUUCAAGCCUGAAUUUCUCAAUAGAUUAAGUGAAAUUGUAGUAUUUGAGCAGCUCUCACACCAUCAUCUGAAAGAAAUCGUGAAUAUCCAACUGAAGAGUGCCCUUGCUAAAAUAGCUGGCAAGGGCAUAUCUGUUGUUAUAAAUGAUGCCGUGUUGGAUGUCAUUUUGUCGGAAUCACACGACCCGUCGUACGGUGCAAGGCCCAUAAAAAGGUGGAUAGAAAAGAACAUAAUGACAAUUAUCUCCAAGAUGCUGGUCAAUGGAGAAGCCACUGAAGGAUCAACAAUCUCCAUUGAUUCGACCAGCGACAAGAAAGGGUUGAAAUACCAAUUGGCACAGAAGAAAAAUGUGACGGAUCAGUGA